AUUGUAACUAAUCUGGCAUUCAAAUGCAACAUAACCUCAAUUGCGUAGGUGUUUUGUUUUUGUGUCCUCACAUUUUCUUGCAUUUUUCAUCCUUUUUAUCAAAUAUCCUUUCAAAAUGACCUCUAAAACUGCAUCAUCCAGCAAAGGAACCUUUCAGCCAGAUUCAGAUGUUCAUAUUACAUUUGAGGAUCAACAGAAGAUAAACAUCUUCGCGAAGCACAAUGCUAAGCUCGAGGAUCUCAAGGAAGAGUUGAAAGUUAAGCAGAACGAUCUGAAGAAUCUUGAGGAGGCAAGUGAUGAGAUAGAACUGUUCGAUGAAGAUGAACAAAUCCCAUUUUUAUUGGGUGAAGUCUUCAUCUCGCACAAUCUGCCCAAAACCCAGGAACUCCUCACGGAAGCCAAGGAGAAGAAGAAGAAAGAGAUCAAAGAGAUCGAGUCCAAGUGUAAAGAGUUGGGUGAUAUCAUUGGGGACUUAAAAUCUCAGCUAUAUGGCAGAUUUGGGAGUCACAUUUACUUGGAGAAUGACGAAGAUUGAGGCACUUGCGAAGGAUUCCGGAAGAGAAAUACAAUGUCAUCGGCUGAAUGGCUGAGGCAGAGUUCCUGGUGAGAUAGAUGCAUUGAGAGUGUCUGAAAAAUGAAUAAAUUAUUGGAGCUUACCUCAA